GGCGGCCACUGUCUAGCCCCUGUUGCCUGCCACAAUCCUAGCUCGGAGGAGCCACUGCCAAUUCUGUUUCUCGUCCAUCCCAGCGCCCCCGCCUCCGACUCAUUCGCUCCCAGCCAGGCUGCCCCUCCCCUUCGGGCUCUCCCAACUCGGCGGCAACCCCGGCCUCAACCUCGCGUGCGUAAUACACACACACGCACUCAGUGGCACUCGCAGCACAGCCACGGCCGCUCCACCAGGCAUGGCACAGGGCUCUACCUCACUAUGGCAGCAGCGCGACACAGCACCCUCGACUUCAUGCUCAGCGCCACAGCUGAUUGUAAUGCCGUUUUUAAAGAUCUACAGUCCAUCUUCCAAGUGCAGGGAAUGACAGAAACUAUUCAUAACUGGGAAGAUCAUGGGUACCUAGCAACGUAUGUCAGUAAAAGUGGCAGUUUUGCCAAUCUGCGAAUUUAUCCUCAUGGCUUGGUGCUGGUCGAUGUACAGAGUUACAAUGAUUUGAAUGGAGGAGGAGAAACAGAACAACUUCUAAACAAAAUAGAAGAAAGAAUGAAAGGACUAUGUCAUAGAAACAUCAAAAGAGUAAAACGAUUGCCAGCCAUUGUGAGAGGAGAUGCCAUUGAUAGAUACUGGCCCACAGCAGAUGGACGAUUGGUGGAAUAUGACAUUGAUGAAGUUGUUUAUGAUGAAGAGUCAGCUUACCAGAAUAUUAAAAUUUUACACUCAAAACAGUUUGGAAAUAUUCUUAUCCUCAGUGGGGAUGUUAAUCUGGCAGAGAGCGACCUGGCAUAUACACAAGCUAUAAUGGGCAGCGGGAAAGAAGACUACACUGACAAAGAAGUACUAAUUCUUGGAGGUGGUGAUGGGGGAAUAUUGUAUGAAAUUGUCAAAUUGAAACCAAAGAUGGUCACCAUGGUAGAGAUUGACCAAAUGGUGAUCAACGGGUGUCGAAAAUAUAUGCGCAAAACAUGUGGAGAUGUCUUGGACAAUCUGAAAGGAGAAUGCUAUCAGGUUCUAAUAGAAGAUUGUAUUCCAGUACUGAAGAGGUAUGCCAAAGAAGAAAGGAUGUUUGAUUAUGUAAUUAAUGAUCUGACAGCUGUUCCAAUCUCCACAUCUCCAGAAGAAGAUUCUACAUGGGAAUUUCUGCGGAUGAUUCUGGACCUUUCAAUGAAAGUCUUGAAACCUGAUGGAAAAUAUUUUACACAGGGAAAUUGUGUCAAUCUGACUGAAGCUUUGACUCUCUACGAAGAACAGCUUGGCAGACUAUAUUGUCCUGUGGCAUUCUCAAAGGAAGUUGUAUGUGUCCCUUCAUACAUGGAACUAUGGGUAUUUUAUACUAUUUGGAAGAAGAGAACUGAUGUUUGAAGUUCAAGAUCAACAUGCCACACAUGCUGCAUGAAGCAUGUAGGCUUGCCAUGUGCUAUAAAUUAUAUGCUGUAGAUGAUCCUGAAAUUUAGUCAUGCUAUUGAUUUGUGAAUUCUUUAAAUGUUUUUAUUAUUAUUUUAAUUUAAAAGCAAAUGGAAAAAUGUAUAUUUUGAUGAGCUAGGGUGUUAUUUUUUGAAAGUCAAUGUAGAUGAAUUAGCAGCAAAGCUAUAGCUGCAGAAUGCACUGAACCUUUAGAAUGUGAUCAUUUUUAUUAUUUUUGUUUUAGAUUUUUGGAUACCAAUUUAAAAAGACAACGUUAGCAUUUCAGUGUGGUACCAUAGAUUUUCUCUUCAGACAUUAAUCAGUUUAAUAGUCAUGGUGCUUUAAAUAGACUUUUAAGUGUUUGUGGGUUUUUUUUGUUCCAUGAUCAAUGUGCUUCCAUUAGAGGAAUUAAGGGCAGACUUUUUCUUUCUUUCCUUUUUUUAAGGAAACCCUCUGUCCCAUUGUGAUGUUAUAAAGCUACCAUGAUAUUUCUUAUAAUGAAUUUUUAUUCUGACCCUCAUGCAUCAGGAUACUUUAUUUUCAGUGGGUGUUCCUGAUGCCUAAUCUCAACUGUGUGAGGAUUUGUUCAGAGGAAAAGUUCAUCACAACUUCAGUGAUAGGGGGUAAAAUCAUGGUGUGGUGACUGCUACAUCAGAAUGAGCUUGAAUCGGGCUCAGUCUCUAGUUAUAAACAAACUUGAGAUUUGUUCAUCUGCAUCAGACUAGUCUUAUUGUGAAGACUUUUCAACAUAAAAAAGUAAAAAGGCUCCAUGUCUUCAUGUACAAAGAGAUUUACAAAUUACCUAAUGCUGGAAUAAUGCCAUGGACGUAAGUAGUUUAAGUGGAUAGUGAGCUGUCAUUUGACAAAUCAGUUAGCUGCUGCCAAUAUUUGUUAUACAUAGGGAGGGAUAGUAGCUUAAACGAAUACUGUUAGCACUACAAACUUUGAAAUUAUGGCUUGGACUGUUGCCCUAGCCCUUCAAUUUCAGUAUGACUAACUGAAAUGUGUAUUGAGAAUUCUUUUUAUUGGUCACAUACCCCUUCAGCGCUAAUGCUCAUAAAGUGUGAAAGGUCAUUGAAAAGGCAAAAUUAGAAAAGUGACUUAUGAUACAAUGCACUGGAGGCUUCUUCUUCACCAGCUGCAUCUACGUGAGUGGGAGCUGAGCUCAAGGACACAGGACAUGUCUCAUUCAUUAUUUUGUGGUAUGUGCAGGAGACGUUUCUGGUGGAUUGUAAACCCUGAGAAUUUAUAUUUUGUGCAUAUCUAUAAACAAAAUGUUUAUUCCACUUAGUUGAGCCCCAUCAUAUGGAUCUGAGGAAGCUUGUGACUAAAGCAUCACUGGCCCAUAGACUGUAUUUGCAUAUGCAUGUUGAAAUAUCUAUUGCAUUUGUACACCUCUUGUCCUUCUGCACAUGUUAUGAAAUUCUAUUUUUAUACAAUUUUCUUACAUUAUUGGUUGAUCAUUAUAAUUUUGCUAUAAGCAAAUAGAAUAGCUCAGAAUAACAGAAUAGCUCAGAAAUGGAACCUUAUUGUACAGUGUCUGGAGAGAAAUAAUUAAAAUGUUCUGUCCCUCUUGGCAGUUUAAGAUCUUUCAACAAAAUUACAUUUUUUUCCAAAAUGAAAAAUUUGCUUCACAUUUCACUGUUCUGUUUUCUCAUGUUACUAGAGAAAGGGCUGGUGUAGACUGUUACCCCUACACAAUAUAAUUGCAAGGUGAAGAUGCACCACCCACAUUCUGAAAAAUCCAACACUGGGGAGAAAUUCUUGAUGUAUUUAGAAAGGAAGGCAUAGUCCUUCAUAGUACAUAAAGGAAUUUGGCAGUGAAGCACAGCACUGUUUGAAACUCAGAAGGGUUUGUCACCUUGGGGUUUUGUUGUGCUAACAAAACAGGCAUAUAACUAAUGUAGGCUUACAACUCCUGAAUUAUGUGUUUUAUGAAUUAAAGCUACCUGAUAAACCAUUUGAAUCUCUCUAGAAAUUAUUUAAAAACAACUCUCUAAUCUCUCCUGUGGUAAAGAGCAAACUUCAUUCACAUCAGAUGAAGUUUUCCUAUUGACUGGAAAGGAACCAUUAUUUAAAGCUGUCUAGUUUGAAGUCAUAAUUCACAUACAGAGUGAUAAAUUUAGAAGACUAAGGCUGAGCUUCCAUGGAACCAGAUGGUGAAUAUGUAUGGAGAUGCAGAGCAGCCUUUUCUCCUUUUGUUAAAAACACACUGUCACGUUUACACUGAAUUGUGCUUUUGAAUAGAUUGGUAGUAGCUUAGACAGCACCCUUACAACCUGAUCAUAUAAGACACGACAUCUAAAAGGGCCUACAGGAAUAGCCAUAAUAUUUUGUCUAGCAUUGGGUACUAAAAGACUUCAGCAUAUGUGUAUGUAUUUACGGCGUGCAUUAAAAAAUGCUAUUUUCUAAAAUAACCUCUUAUAUUGCUUUGGGAUUAUGCAAUGCUUGUAACUUGGAAGUAAUAGCCACGUUCUUAAGUAAGUAGAAGAAAUUUUCUCCCACUCUCUACGUAGCCAUAAAGUAAUUUUAACGAAUGCCCCAAUAUACUAAAAAAAUCCAACCACAACUGGAUAAGCAUAAUUUCAUAGCUAUUUGUUUUGUAAUUGAAACCAACACAGUUCCACUUUUUUUUACUUGAACUUCCCACGUAGCUUUUGGUAUUUAUAUCAGUGCUUUCUGAAGAAGAAACUUUAGAAAGAGGAGUAAACUACUGGUUGUAUAGAUGGUUUUGGAAGAAGAAUAUGUUAACAUUUUAUUUUCUUGUAUAUGUAGAUUCCAUUAUCAUAAUGUUUGAUUUUUCUGGGGAAAGGGAUAUUGUAGUAUUACCUGCCUAACAUAUUCUAAUAGAGGAAGAGGAAUAGAUGGAAAGUGAUAUUGUUUGGAAAGCUAACUAAUACAUGCAUCAUUCUCUCACUGAAAGGGAAACAAAAAAUUAUGUAGAAUAUCAUUAUAACAUAGAUAUGUGUGUGUUUUUAAAAGCAACAUGGUAUAAACUGAACAUCUCUUCCCACCCCUUUUUCCAUUACUGCUCAAAUAGACUGAGGAAAUGUUCAAAUAAAGUGUUGUCACUAUUUAUAUAUAUAUAGUUGUUGCUGUAGUGUAUAGUAUGAAAAAUCACUUUUUUUCUUUUCAGUGUGUAAGAAUUUUGAAACGAAACCUGUUACAGAUUAGCCUUUUUUAUUAUUUUACAUAUGAAACUGAGUGGAACAUCUGUUGUGAGUGCCUCAUUACACAUGCAAAUCGAUCCCAAAGAUCGUUAGCAUGGGAUGUGUCUAAAUUCUUUGCACUAAAUACCGCUUUCAUCUAGUAGUAAAAUUUGACUAUUUUAAGUUUGAUAACCAGUCAGACCUUGCUGAAAGACAACUGCUGGAUUUGUAUCAACUGCACAAGUAAUAGUGCAUGCAUUCAAAUAAAGGUACGCUGAUAUUA